AUGUCAGCUAUUCGAGAUGAAUUCGAUGCUAUUCCAGACAAUGAAUUGCAUGAGACGCUUUUGGAAAGAAUUGAGGGUUUAGGUGAAAUGUUCCCACCAACUUUGACCAAUGGUGUUUCAUCAACACUCAGCUGGUCUGUUUGGGGUGUCAAAGGAUUGGUGAGUUAAUAAUUUUUCUUGUUUUUGAUAGAAAGAUGCGCGCGAUGAAUAGUGAUACAAGUUCUAGAUAAUAUAACCACAUUUCGGCUAAAAUCGUGGUUUCCAAAAGUAAAAAUUGUACGCUAAAUAACUUUUUACAGUAUGAAAACUGUGAAUUUUUCACUUCUAAAAACUCUGAAUGCAUCAGUUGACCUAUGACCUCUAGAAACAGAAAUUCAGAUUUUUUCAAAAUUGUACGCUGGUCAGCCACGGAUUGGCCGAGGUGUGAAUAUAACUCCCCCGAACUAGUAGAAGCCCAAAAUGAUGAUUCCCGAAAAAUCCUAAGAUAAAAGUUCCAACUGAAUCAUUUUUUUGAGUUUCUGAUAUUUCCUAUGGGUCUUUUUUUAUUUUUAACCAACUUGUUAUUUAAUUUCCUCCACCCCUCCUUCAAUUCGUGUAAACACAAAAUUAUUGAUGCGGCCGUCCAAUAAGAACAAGGGGAAAUGUCUAGCACUCUCCUACUUCUCUGUGCUAUUUUCAUAAUCCUCCUCUUCUUUUCUCAUUGGUCGAAUGCCAUUUUUUGGUGGUCACACAUAAUUUUCAAAAAUAUUUGCAGUUUUCACUCACAAAAAGCACAAUUUGGAUUGUCACAACAACAUCAUUGAUUGCAUUCCUUCCAUUUAUUAUUGAGAAAGAAAUUAGUGAUUUGGAGAAAACACAGGUUCGUUUUUCAAUACUAAAUUUCAUUUUUCAAAUUAUUUUAUUGCAGGUUGCUCAACAAAGACAAAUGUUACUGGGUCCAUCAGCAGCAAUUCAACAAGCCAAAUCCCAAUAA